AUGCUUUCCUACUUGAUGCGGUCUAUCGCUAACUGUGGUAAUUUCAUGUCCCAAAUACGACAACCAGUUUUGGUUCAGAGUAGGUCGUUAAUGAAAACACAUAAAGGAGCAGCUAAAAGAUGGAGGAAAACGUCCACCAGCUACAAAAGAGGCCGUGCUGGCAGAAACCACGGUAAUGCUGGGUGGGGUAAAUCGACACUGAAAGCGCUGGAUGGCAAAACUUUUGCACACUCCACCCACAUAAAGCACCUGAAGAGGCUACUGCCCUAUCAUUAA